AUGGCGGAUUCUGGCCUCACAGCUCCUGGCAGCAGCACGUAUUCCUCGAAUACGCUGCAUGUGGGAGAUGGAACAUGGGACACGCAGCGGGACACGUUUCUGCUACCCAACCUCAUGGGAUUAAAUUUUGACACAAUGCGAUACAAUGGCAUGGGAAAUCGAUUCAAGGAUAUGACCGGAUACCGUCCUAUGAUAGUUGCGCACGGAGUCAUCGCAACAAUUGUUUUCUUGGGUCUCGUUCCGACCUCGACCCUCAUUAUCCGAUACAUGGGCAGAUGGAACCCUUACUGGGCUUUCAAGCUUCAUGCGUGGUUUCAAGUAAUGACACUACUGCUGUCUACAGUGGUAUUCAUGCUAGGAUGGUUUGCAGUCGGACCAAAAAGAAGUUUGACUAACCCACACCACGGAAUAGGCCUAGCAAUCUAUGUGAUGGUGAUUUUCCAAGUCCUGUGGGGUUGGUUUGUCCACAAGGUGGAGAGAAAUAAAAUGAGACAUCGAGUCCCCUUGAAGCUGGUGAUCCAUCGAUGGCUGGGUCGAGCACUGCUCCUCUUGGGCAUUGUUCAGAUCCCGUUAGGAUUGACCUUGUACGGGUCGCCCAAGGUACUUUUCAUCCUCUUUUCUUUGGCAGCUUUCGCAUAUUUGCUUGCCUUCUUCAUCCUAUCCUACCUCUACGAUGACGAGGGGUUCCACGUACCCAGUGAACAUGGGUCUCGGGGUGCCCUCGGUGCCGCGCUGGGCUCCAUGUUUAAGAACCGUCGACGAAAUCGCCACAGCAGUCAGGGAUACGAAGAUUCACGAACAUCCAUAUCUGACGAAAAGUACUCCGACGAAGCGUCCCGUAAAGGCGGCGGCUUCGGCAAGAAGCUACUUGAAAUCGGAGCGCUGGCUGGUGCUGGUCUUCUGGCCAAGAGGUGGUGGGAUAACCGAAAGAAACGCGAAGACGACUCAGAGGCAGGCCGUUACCGACCAGCCGACUCCCGCGACAGCUAUUCAGAGGAAUCUCUUAGCCGCCUGGAAGAUGGCAGACCGGCGCCUAGUCAUCCCGCCCCUAUCAAUCGACCUCCAACGCGUCCUCCAAGCAGAUCCCCAAGCCCUGGCUCAUCGUACUAUUAUACUAGUACGUACUUGACGGAGCCUGCCCCACGACGUCCGUCCCAUGGUAUACGCGACGCCCUGCUGGGCGCGGGCGCCUUUGCUGGCAUCAAAAAGAUGUUCGGCGGGCGCAAGAACAAAGCUGAUGAGGACAAACGGCGCUUCGAGGACAUUCGUCGCCAAGAGGACGAAGACGAGCGAUUACAGCGAAUGAACAGCAAACGCCGCGAUAACCGACCUGGGCCAGGAGCAGGUCCAUAUCCCCAGCGCCGCGUUCCCAGUGCCUACUCCGAUACUGAGCUCACGCCUACGGAUUUGACUCCCCGCCCACCUCGGCAACCUUCUCGUACAUCUCUGUUAUCACCUGAACCUGUCGCAUCAGGUGCUAUUCACGACGUAACGCACUCUGACAUCCCUCCGCGGCCUCCAGUGCAUCACGAACUUGCAGGUGCGGACUCCAGGUCGGAGCUUCCAGAUUCCCAUGAUGGAACAGAGAUUGCCACGGGUGCAGCGGCAGGUGCAGCGGCCGGCGCGGCGGCCGGCGCGGCGUUAGGGGGUGCACCUAGCCGUCGUCGAGACAGUAGAAGCCAAAGUCGACAUCGCGACGAACACCAUAGUGACUCUCCUCCGGUUUCGGUCAAGGUGAAGAUGCACAACGAUGGCCGGCAUGUGACCCUACGCCGUCUGACCGAAGAGGAAGCUGCUGCUCAGCGUGAAGCACGGCGACGGGAGCGAAGGAACUCGCGUCGGCGUGCUGGCAGCGCAAGUUCCGUAUCCGGCGACGAACGGAGCCAAGAUCGCUGGCGUCGUGUGGAGGAGCUGGAGAGACAACAGGCCGAGCAAAUGCGACGGGAGCAAGAAGCUGCUCUUGCCGCUUCUGCCGCUGGCCCAGGGUCUGUUGCUCCGUCAGCCAGUGUCCCUGGGUCUGCCUAUCCUCCGCAAUCGCACAGCAACAUCAACCUUCCCCGACCCCCUCCCGUUCCACAGCCCCCUCCCUCAACUAUGCCAUUCAAUAGCGUGACCUCACCGCCCGAUACGUGGACCGGCACUGAAGCCAGUGGAUCUUAUGCAAAUAAUCGCCGCCGACGCCGGGCAGAACGCGCUCGGGCCAGGCAGGAUAGACAACAGCAGCAUGGCGUUGAGUUCGAGUGA